GUCGCGAUGUAUGCAGAAACUGGCAAGUUCCUACAACAGCCACGGUCACUACCACACGCCUCAUCACGGUUUUUAACUACGAAAUCCAGAUGGACCUGCGGUUUCUUCACAGCCUCAUCGACAGGCCACAACUCCAGCGAACCACCAUGCACCUCAUUGACGCCUGCGCGCGGUGGUCGGCGAACGGCGCCCUCAAGGACAAGGAGGAGAUCACGCUGUGCACCCGCAUCAGUGAGUUAUGGGUGACCAUGCGCGGGCCUAUGAGGACCUUGGUCCAAGACGGUGAAUCUGGCAUGAAGGGCAGAGCAGUGGCGGAUUGGGCGGAGGCGAACCGUAUCCAGCUCAAGUGCCGGCCUCCCGGUUCGAAAGCUUGGAUUGCAGAACGGCACCAACAGAUCCAACGCAAAACCUUCCACUCCACUGAAGGCCAGAUGCAGACAGAGGGCAUUUAUGCCCCUGUAGAGCAGACGCUGGCGACCGUCACAUUCGCGCACAAUGCCUUGGUGAACGCCGAUGGGAGUGCGGCGUACCAAGCCUUGUGCGGCAGGACGCCCGCCCCCCUCCCCACCUUCGACGGCGCGACAGAGGCGGAACGUGAUGAUCGACUUCCUCGCGGCGAGACGCCGGCUCGCAGUCAAGCGCGAAUCAGAGAGAUCGCCGCGGCCAAGAUCGUGGAUCACACGGCAAAAGACCGCCUGCGACGAGCGGGCCACCACAGGGCGCGGCCUGCUCUGGCACUCGCGAAGUUGAAGGUCGGACAACAGGUCGACAUCUGGUUCGAGCCGUCGUCCAAGGACGUGAGCGGCUGGCGGGGGCCAGCGGUGGUCAAGACGAUCCAGCACGACGAGAACGCUGUGACGGUAAGCAGCGCAUUGCGCGACGCGCGCGAGAAACUCAACCUCAAGGCGGUGAAAGUGUACGGACUCGUGCACCACAGCGACACACGCAACCCCAGCUGGCAUCUGACGAAGGCCAGCCAGACGAAGUCAGGACACCAAGUCUUGGAAGCAGGCCUCUUUGUGGCAUCUACGGUGGUCCGCAUUGCAGAGUGCACCACUGUGAGACUGUCGCGGGGAGCGUCCUCCCUACAGCCGCUCUUGAACUUCAGUUAUAGUGAGCUGUGGAUCUGGCACUCGACGCUCCAAGGCGGGGGCGAGGACAAUCCCCCCAUGGUGUUCGACAGUGCGGACGGCGACCUCGACAGGAGCAUCGACGUCAAGAACUUGGUCAGCAACGACCCGGCCAUCCACUCCGGGGAGGCCUCUUGGAGGGGCUAUUGCGUCGUGCAGUUCUCGGGGGCGAAGCCCGAGGAUACGGAAGGCCUGAUCAGACGGUAUCCUGGCAUGCGCCUGAUGGCUGGGAGCAGCCAGCCGGAGAGGUACAAGGUCGCGAUCUCCAUGGACAACGGCAUCUUCGCUAAUGUUGGGGGCCAUGCGAACCCCUCCACCACCGCCAGCGCCACCAGCGCCCCCAGCAGCAGCCAAGAUUGCAGCCGCUCCGCGCUCUCGAUCGCCGCGGUUGCCAUCACCACCUACGCCUAUGGAGACGGCGUUGCAAGGCGGUGGAACGCCACCUCCCCCCCCGCAGCCUCCAGCACAGACAGCGGCAACACCGAGGUCUCGCUCGCCACUGGGGCCGAAGGCGACACCGAUCGCAGGCACGACUACAGCCACCAGACCACUUGUGCCACUUCCAUGGCGGCGGUCAGGAAGGAGGAGGGGGACGACGAUCGUGACGAAAAGGACCUCAAGACGUGGUUAGUGGAGAUCAAUGAGGCCGACAGCGAUGAGGGCGAUCUGCUUCCAGACGUGCCCUGCGAAGAGGACCCCGGAACGGGGGGGGAUUCGUUCCUGGCCGCCGACGAGCCUCUCAGCACGAUCUCGAAAGCACUCACCGACCUGAGCGCGCAAGACAUGGCAAACCAUGCCAUUGACAUAACCAGGGCAAAGAAGCAUGAGCUGACGAGCCUCCAUGAUUUGGGUUGCUUCCGCAGGCUCCGGCGGAGCUUGGCGAAUAUCAUCGUGGACACCAGGUGGGUCUUGAAGUGGAAGUACAAAGAGAACAAGCACUUCAUCAAGGCCCGACUCACGAUGCGUGGGUUCAAAGACCACGACGAAAAUUUGGCCAUUUUCGCCGGCACGGCAACUCGAUGGGGCCAGCGCGUUGUGAACGCCAUCACAGCGCAGCAGGACGAUUGGGCGCUGUUCAGCAUCGGCGUCAGCGCCGCUUUCGCGAAGGGCCUGACUUUCCAAGAGCUUUAUGAGUUGACAGGCGAACCUCUUCGUGUUGUGCAGUUCGAAUUGCAUCCUGAUGAUAUCAAUCUGCUGAGAGAGAUUCCUGGCAACAAGGAUUUCAAUCCCAGCACAGAAGUCAUCCAGAUGGUCAAGGCAGUGUAUGGCCUGAAGGACGUACCGCGAGCAUGGCGCAAGAAAUUGCACUUGAUCCUCGAAGGCUUCGGCCUGAAAGCCCUGUUCGCAGACCCACAACUGCACGUACUCCACGACGCGAAUGUCAAGUUGAACAUGAUUCUCAGUGCACACGCCGACGACUUGAAGGGUGGAGCCCCUAAAACAAUAGCUAUGGAGCUCCUCAAGCACUUGGAGAAACACGUGGGCACUUGCACACAGGAGUGGACCAACUUUUCACACGUUGGCAUCGAGCAUGUGACCAGAGCAGACGGCAUUUACACGCACCAAGAGAAGUACGUGGCUUCUAUCAGGGAGAUCGACAAGAAAUUCUACGCUGAUUUGCAAGACGAGCAGAACGGCAGCGUUGAGGCGAAGAGCCACUACUCCACACUCCUUGGCGGCGUUGCCUGGCUCUGCCUCACAAUGCCGGCCAUAGCGGCGUGCGCGCAGGCGCUUCAGCGACGCGGAGCCGAACCGAGAGCACAGGACCUGAAGCGCUUGAACCUUGUUUUGCGUUGGGUCCGCCGGCGCAAGGUCGGCAUCCUGUUCAGGAAGUUGCCAGGGCGCCUCCGACUUGUUGGGGUCGCAGAUGCAGCAUUCAAGGCGAUUCCCGACGAGUCGUCUGGACUUGCACUCCGCGGCUGCGUCAUCGUCCUCAACACAGAUUGCGACGCGACGCCAGCAUCUCCAGAUGGGGCUUGCAACAUCUUGGAGUUCCAGUGCCGACGCCAACGCAGAGUAGUUCGUUCGACCUUCAGUGGCGAGCUGAAUGGGUUGGUUGACACCCUGGAGAUCCUCCUGGUUAUCCAGAUAUGCUUCCACCAGAUCUACCACGGCUGCGCGGCCACAGCCAAGAGCCUGGCGGACGACCUGGACAACGGACGACUCCAACCUCCAGUGGACGCAGCAGUUGACGCCAGGAGCGUGUUCGAUUGCUUGGCCGCCACCGACGUGGGCGAGCUCGUUGAGGGCAGUCUGAAGCUGCAUGUGCUCUCUCUCAGGGAGCGCCUGCAGUCUGGCACCCUGCGACGCCUCUUCUGGACGGACACAAGGAAUAUGUUGGCGGAUGGCCUCACCAAAGGGUCAGUCCCCCGUGGCCAGCUGAUUGCUGUCAGCAACAGAGGCGAAUACCGCGCAGCGCACGCCGCGGCCAGCACGACCGUGUCGAACGGCCGCAAGCAGACCACUGGCAGCACG